AGGGAUUAAGUCGAUUAUACCGCCAAGCUUUUCACUCUGCGUGCUAACGAUUCUACCAGCUUGCCGCCUAUUGUAUUGACAGGAAGUUAUAGGCUUCCAUUUUAAUUUUGUAUCUUAUUUCUUUUCUUUUUGUUUCUUAUCCUCAUUUUUUUACUGGUUACUUUUGUUGAGUUUUUAGAAUGUUGUCUAUUAUUUUUUUUUAUAUUCAUGGGACUAACGACCGUUUCUUAAACGGCUCUUAUGCAAGUCAAUUUGUAGAUAUUACACGUGGAUAGAAGAGUAUCGUUUUGCAGUUGCGGUAGUUAGAGGCGGUGUUUCAUCCUCGAAGAUCCUCUGCAUUCUCCCAAGGAACGAGUCGAAGCAAUGGAUGUUUUCUGUUCUAAACUCCCCAAAAUUGAAUUACAUGCUCACAUUAAUGCAGCUAUAUCUCAAAAAACCUUACAAGAUGUUUCGAAAGAAAAAAUGUUACCUGUCGAAGAAUAUCAAAUCAAAAGUGCUGUAUAUGAUUGUGAGGAAAACAAAAAUUUUCAGAGAUUGGAAAAAUGCUUUGAUAUUUUCAAAAAAAUCCAUGAAGUCACAGAUAAUGAGAAAGCAAUAUAUAAGGUAACCAAUGAUGUGAUCCAUGAUUUCUGCAAAGACAAUGUCAAAUAUCUUGAACUGAGAACUACACCAAGAGCAGAAAUCAGCACUGGUAUGACAAGAAGAUCAUAUGUUGAUUCAGUACUUGCUGCCAUAAAGGAUUGUAAAACAGAAAAUAUUGAUAUCGAUGUUAGAUUGCUAUUGUCUAUUGAUAGGAAGACAAAUACUGAUAUUGCACAAGAAAUUGUCAGUAUUGCUACUGAAUUACAACAGAACUCUGAUGGAAUUGUUCUUGGAAUUGAUUUUAGUGGUGAUCCAAAGAUUAAUGAUGCCAGAGACUUUAUACCAGUAUUAAAGGAUGCCAAGGCACAUGGCCUGAAGCUAGCAGUUCAUAUUGCUGAGGUACAAAAUGCACCAGAAUCUCAACAGCUUCUCCUUGUAGAACCAGACAGGAUUGGUCAUGGUACUUUCCUUCACCCUAAUGUUGGGGGUACACAAGAAAUGGUGGAGUUGGUCAAAUCAAAAAAUAUUCCAAUUGAAUGUUGUAUAACAUCUAACCUGAAAUCUGGUACUGUUGCAAGUACAGACAAACACCACUUUGGAUUCUGGUACCGACAGAAUCAUCCAGUCAUCAUUGCAACUGAUGGUGCAGGAAUAUUCAACACUUACCUUUCAAAAGAAUACAGCUUGGUUGCAGAGGCAUUUUCUUUGACAAAAGAGAAUGUUUGGGAACUUUCUUACAAUUCCAUUGAUUAUAUUUUUGCCAACGAAGACACUAAAAAUAAGCUUAAAUUGAAAUGGAAAGAAAUCAAAGAGUCAAUUUAAAAACACUUUUCCCCUCAUUUUGAAAGUAGCAUAAAAUAAUUGUGAGGGCAUGAUGGUGGACUACUAACCUCAUAGGUCUAAGUUCAAAUGUUUACAAUUUAUCCACCAUUCUGAUUGAAACAAAUGCUCUCCAAUUUUAUUCUACAGUUCAGUGGUUAAUAGUUUUAACAAAUAAAUCAUCUAUGCAUUCAGAGAAGAAUGCAUGUAAAAGACAAAAAAAAAUGGGAAUUGACAUUAUAGAAUAGAGAAAAGCAUUAUAAUCAAAUAAACAUCUGUAUUUUCUAAGCUAGAA